GGUUAUGAAUACAGCCGGAGUGGAAACCCUACCCGGAAUUGCCUGGAGAAGGCUGUGGCAGCGCUCGAUGGAGCUAAAUACUGUUUAGCUUAUGCUUCUGGCUUAGCUGCUACUUUGAAUAUUACUCACCUGUUAAAGGCAGGGGAUACGAUUAUCUGCAUGGAUGAUGUCUAUGGAGGCACAAACAGAUACUUCAGGAAAGUAGCCAUGAAAAUGGGUUUGAAUGUAGUUUUUGUUGACUGCACAAAAAUGGAAUGCCUGGAAGCUGCAAUUACACCAGAGACCAAGCUCGUUUGGAUUGAAACGCCCACAAACCCCACGCUGAAGGUCAUCGACAUUCAGGCCUGUGCAGAUGUAGUACAUAAGCAUAAAGAUGUUCUUCUAGUGGUAGACAACACUUUUAUGUCUGCGUAUUUCCAGCGUCCUUUAUCUCUGGGGGCUGAUAUUUGUAUGUAUUCUGCAACCAAAUACAUGAACGGGCAUAGUGAUGUUGUAAUGGGACUUGUUUCAGUGAACUGUGAUGAUCUCUACGAAAGACUCAAAUUCUUACAAAACUCUCUUGGAGCUGUUCCAUCUCCCUUUGACUGUUACCUGUGCAAUCGUGGUUUGAAGACACUACAAAUCCGGAUGAAACAACAUUUCCACAACGCAAUAGCUGUUGCUCGAUUUCUUGAGUCAGAUUCCCGGGUGGAGAAAGUAAUUUUCCCAGGCUUGCCUUCACACCCUCAGCAUGAGUUGAUCAAGCGGCAGUGCACUGGCUGUCCUGGGAUGGUAACCUUUUACAUUAAAGGAAAUCUCGAACAUGCUGCUACCUUUCUCAAGAAUUUAAAGGUUUUUGCACUGGCUGAGAGUCUGGGAGGAUAUGAAAGUCUAGCAGAGCAUCCGGCCAUCAUGACUCACUCUUCAGUGCCUGAAGAAGAUAGAGAAGCUCUUGGAAUCAGUGAUACAUUGGUUCGUCUGUCAGUUGGUUUGGAAGAUGAAGAAGAUUUACUGGAAGACCUAGACCAAGCUCUGAAAGCUGCG